AUGGAAAAUUAUCAUGUGUUACAUUUAAUUGGUGAAGGCUCUUUUGGGAAGGUAUAUAAGGGAAGAUGGAAGAAAAGUAACUAGAUGGCUGCUUUGAAGUUCAUAAGUAAGAGAGGAAAAACUGAAAAAGAUUUAGCAAAUUUGAGAUAAGAAAUUGAAAUAUUGAGGAGAUUGAAGCAUGAAAAUAUAAUAUUAUUAUUAGAUGCAUUUGAAACGCAAGGGGAAUUUUGUUUAGUAACUGAAUUUGCAUAAGGCGAAUUAUAUGAAAUUUUGGAGGAUGAUCAUAAUCUUCCUGAAAGUGAAGUCAGGAAAAUUGCGUAAUAAUUAGUUAGAGCACUUCAUUAUCUUCAUUCUAACAGAAUUAUUCAUAGAGACAUGAAACCUUAAAAUAUUUUAUUAUCUGCUAAUGGAGUUGUUAAAUUAUGCGAUUUUGGAUUUGCAAGAGCAAUGUCAACAAAUACACAAGUUUUGCAUUCCAUUAAAGGUACUCCGCUUUACAUGGCGCCAGAGUUAGUUCAAGAACAGCCCUAUAAUCACACAGUCGAUCUGUGGUCAUUGGGGGUGAUUUUGUAUGAAUUAUUUGUUGGCUAACCUCCAUUCUACACUAAUCAAAUUUAUUCCUUAAUUCAACUUAUUAUUAAGGAUCCUGUCAAAAUUCAAAAGUUUCUUAAAAGGACUCUUAAAUAAACCUCCUUCUGA